CUUAUUUAGAACGAUGAAAAUUAUAUUUUUAGAUUUAAUAAAUGUCUAAUUUAUUUAUAUUCUUUGUUUCAGGUUGAAGGACAAAAUACUUGAGUAAAGCCAAGAUGUUUCAUAUUGUUGUAUUUGACAAUACAAAUGAGGUUGAAGUUGUGCCUUCAGUCUGGAUAAAAAAUGGGGAGUGGAUGUGGCCUUCAAAUAAAAUUUAUGUUGCAAAAGCGGUAAAAUUCCAAGAAUGUCCUAGAGAGGGAUGGAAGCCCCAUAAGGCCAGAAUUAUCUUCACGUCACAUGACUACAAUGAAGCUCGUCUCAGACUACCUGAAGCUGUCCUUCACACUGACCUUGGAAGUGAUGGAGGGGAGUCGCCAGUUAAAUGUAAAAGAAAAAGAAUACGCAAGAACAUACUUUUUCCUGGAGAGGAAGACGACGAUGAUGACCAUGAGAUAAAAGGAUCCUCGAAAGAAAAGAAGUCGAGAACUGAACUGCCUAAUGCUCCAAAAAUCAACAUGCAGUGCAAAACUCCUGCGUCAAACACUCCUAACCUCCACUCAAGUGACCACAGUACUCCUGAACUCCACCCAAGUAACCACAGUACUCCUGAACUCAACCCAAGUAACCACAGUACACCUGAACUCAACCCAAGUAACCACAGUACACCUGAACUCAACCCAAGUAACCACAGUACACCUGAACUCAACCCAAGUAACCACAGUACUCCUGAACUCCACCCAAGUAACCACAGUACACCUGAACUCCACCCAAGUAAUCACAGUACUCCUAAACUCCACCCAAGUGACUGGAACAGUCCUGACCUCUACCCAAGUGACUGGAACAGUCCUGUCCUCCAUUCAAAAAGCUGGAGCAGUCCUACGCUGCACCAAAGUCAGUACUUCAACACUGGCAAGUUUUCUCCAAGCAGCAGUGAGACCCGUGCACCGAGGCACACCAGCAGUGACACAUGUGCACCGAGGCACACCAGCAGUGAGACCCGUCCACCGAGGCACACCAGCAGUGAGACCCGUGCACCGAGGCACACCAGCAGUGACACAUGUGCACCGAGGCACACCAGCAGUGAGACCUGUCCACCGAGGCACACCAGCAGUGACACAUGUGCACCGAGGCACACCAGCAGUGACACAUGUGCACCGAGGCACACCAGCAGUGAGACCCGUGCACCGAGGCACACCAGCAGUGAGACCCGUGCACCGAGGCACACCAGCAGUGACACAUGUGCACUGAGGCACACCAGCAGUGAGACCCGUCCACCGAGGCACACCAGCAGUGAGACCCGUGCACCGAGGCACACCAGCAGUGAGACCCGUGCACCGAGGCACACCAGCAGUGACACAUGUGCACCGAGGCACACUAGCAGUGAGACCCGUGCACCGAGGCACACCAGCAGUGACACAUGUGCACCAAGGCACACCGGCAAUGAGACCCGUGCACCGAGGCACACCAGCAGUGAGACCCGUGCACCGAGGCACACCAGCAGUGACACAUGUGCACCGAGGCACACCAGCAGUGAGACCCGUGCACCGAGGCACACCAGCAGUGAGACCCGUGCACCGAGGCACACCAGCAGUGAGACCCGUGCACCGAGGCACACCAGCAGUGAGACCCGUGCACCGAGGCACACCAGCAGUGAGACCCGUGCACCGAGGCACACCAGCAGUGAGACCCGUGCACCAGGACAGUACGUCCCACCUAGGUUACACCAGACCAGGGAGCUGACAAUCAGUAUGGAGCAUUGUGAGUAUUCUCAAGCCAGAUAG